GUCUUCUUCUUGCUGUGUUUGUUGGAAUCCAAGUCUCAGAUUAAGUACUGAAGAAGAAGACAAUGAGUUCAUGCAGUGUAAGAAGCUCGUCGAUGAAGCUGGAGAACAUAGAUGAGGAUGAUCCUCCAUCGUGGUUGCAACUGUCUUGCCCUCUUCCUGAAACUCCUACAGAAUCAAUGGAGUAUCUUGCAAGAUCAUGGAGUCUUUCGGCUAUGGAAAUCUCCAAGGCACUUUCCCAGACGCGUGUAUCGGCUUCAAACGCCACGUCAUCAUCGUCUUCUUCAUUUGGAAAUAUCGAAACAGAUGAUUCGAGCUCCACUGGUUCAAGGCAAUCCGUCUGCAGGAGCAUUGUAAGAGGGACAAAGAUGGGGAAACGGUUCAAGGACCAGAAGGAGAGGAAGAAGCAAGAGAUCAGAGCACAUAACGCACAACUUCAUGCGGCCGUGUCGGUGGCGGGAGUUGCGGCCGCCGUCGCAGCGCUCGCGGCAUCUAGAGCUAUGUUACCGGAAAUGGAAACGGUGUCGUCUAGAGUAUCGAGUGCUAUCGCGUCCGCGGCCGCUCUGGUCGCUUCCCACUGCAUUGAGAUUGCAGGGGACAUGGGAGCUGAUCAUGACCAAUUGUUAACAGUGGUCAGCUCUACUAUGAAUGCGAGAACAAGUGGUGAUGUAAUGACCCUAACAGCCGGAGCAGCCACAGCCUUGCGAGGAGCUGCCACCUUAAGGGCAAGGCUGCGAAAGACCGGGACUCUAGCUCUCGGUGAAGACAGCAAUGGCCAGACAACAGCGGUGAACUUCGUUGCAACCGGGGGAGAACUACUCAAGCGUACAAGGAAAGGAGCUUUACAUUGGAAGCAAGUUUCUUUCUAUAUAAACUCUAACUGGCAGGUGGUGGUUAAACUGAAAAGCAAGCACAUGGGAGGCACCUACACUAAAAAGAAGAAGCGCGAGAUCUUGGGAGUCCAUGACGGCAUCCCGGCAUGGCCGCGACGGGAGAAAGAAGACAAUGCUGAACAGAGAGCUUAUUUUGGGAUUAAAACUGCAGAGAGGGUAAUAGAAUUCGAGUGCACAAGUCGAAGCGACAAGCAGAUGUGGACGGAUGGGAUUCGACAUAUGUUGGCUUAUCGUAAAAAUAUGGCCUAUUUCUGAGAAAGACUUGUUUGGAUUGAU